AUGUCCAAUGUCAAUGCGCUCAGAGCAUUAGGACAACCCAUAGAGUCUUGGGACGCAUGGUUGGUCACACUCAUUUGCAGUCGUUUGGAUAGUGCCACAGUGGGGGAGUGGCAACUUCAAUACAAUAAAAAAGAAUUACCAGUGUUUUCUGAAGUUGAGGCAUUUUUACUCAAUCGCAUUGCAGCUUAUCAGGCAGGAGAAAUGAAUGUUGUAUCUACCAUAGAAAAGAAAGCUGUUGGAAGAGUGUAUAAUCCUAAGUUGCARGAAAAAAAGGCCUUCCUUGUAGCACCAGCUCRAAAACCAAUUUAUACAAUUAAAUGUAUUUUGUGCAAUGAAGGUUACAGAUUGUACCUGUGUAAACGAUUCGAUAARUUACCUGUUCAUGAGCGACGUGAUGUUGUCAUGAAAAAUCAUUUAUGUUUUAAAUGUUUAAAUGUUAAUCAUCAAGCAAGGUUCUGCAAAUUUUCAAACUGCUCUAAGUGUGGAAAAAAACAUAAUAUUAAAUUGCAUUUGGAAGAGAGUGACGGAUCCACCACGUCUGACCAAGAUGAUGCAUCUGGUACACUUGAGCAGCCACUGUGUAACGCUGAARGUUUAGCACAAGUAAUGCACGCAUCUGGUGACUCGGUAAUGUUAGCCACUGCUAUUGUGCUUAUUAAUGAUAUAACAGGUGUAUCUAAGCGUUGUAGAGCACUGCUGGAUUCAGGGUCACAGAUCAACUUCAUCACUGACGCUUGUGCUCAAUCUCUUAAAUUACCAAGAACAAACUGUCAUCUACCAAUUGUUGGAAUAAAUUCAAGGCGUUCAAUGGCUCAAAAAUUGGAACCUGUGUUAAUGUCUUCACGGUUUGAAAAUUUUAGCACUCUAAUAGAUUUACAUGUACUUCCAUCCAUCUCAAAUACAUUACCGACACGGCCCUUAAAACUAGAUCAUUUUAAAAUUCCAGAAAAAGUGARAGAUCAAUUGGCAGAUCCCAGUUGUGGAGAUCCUGGAGACAUACAAUUAUUGCUUGGUGCAGAGGUGUUUUAUACUCUAUUUAGUGGUGAAAGGUUUGAAAUUGAAAAUAGUUUAAUAUUUCAUAAUACGGUACUCGGAUGGGUUCUUACCGGCAAGGUAUCUGAUAAUCAGUUUAAUCAUAUCAAAACAUGUAUGCAUGCUUGCUUCAGUGAAGGAAGAGUUGAACCAGCAUUGKCAUUAUUUGUCACUAAAUCAAGAAGUCGUCGGAUUGAUGAACAGAAGGUGGAAAAAUAUUUCAAUGAUACUCAUUACAGGGAUGACUCUGGAAG